UGGUCAAGACGAAGCCUUCUUCUUCUUUCUUUUGUUCACAUUUGUUGUUUGCUCUCUAAUUCCUUCUUCUUCUGUUACAAAACAAAGCCUUUUUCUCUGUUGGGAUUUGUUGUAAAUUUCAUCCUCUGUUUUUUUACCUUCUUCAGAUCUGUUUCCUUCUCCCUGUUUUUCGUGCUUGUUGAUUUUUCAAGUGUUAAGAUAGAUAAACAAUGAGUAAAGAAGAGCUUAUGAAGAUCCAAACUUGUGUUCUCAAAGUUAACAUACACUGUGAUGGGUGCAAGAACAAAGUGAAGAAAAUUUUACAAAAGAUUGAAGGGGUUUUUAAAACCACCGUUGAUUCUGAGCAAGGUAAGGUAACAGUACUGGGAAAUGUAAACCCAGAUGUUCUCAUCAAGAAGCUUGCAAAAUCUGGGAAACAUGCAGAGCUUUGGGGUUCUUCAAAAGCAACCAACAACAACAACAAUAAUCAGGGUCACCUUGCUAACCAGUUCAAGAACAUGCAGAUGCUUGAUAAUGGCGGAAAAGGUGGAAACAACAACAACAAGAACAACAAUGUCGGCAACAAUAACAAGAAGGAAGCGCCGAAAGGGGGCAACAAUAACCAACCACCCAAAGUAGGCCAGCCAACGCCUCAACAAUUGCAGCAGCAUCUUCAACAGCUUCAGCAAAUGAAGGGGUUUCAAGAUCUGAAGCUUCCUCAGUUGAAAGACAUGAAGAAUAGUCCUAUUCCCAACAACAAUCAGAAGGGUUUGAAGUUUGCUGAAGAGGAUGCUUUGAGUGAUGAUGAUGAUUAUGAUGAUGACGACGAGUUGGAUGAUCCUCGUCAUCCGCUUAACAAGAUGAAGCCCGUGAUGGGAAAUGCUCCAAAGGGAUUACCCAACAAUAUGAUGAUGUUGAAGGGGAUGAUGAAUGUUAAUCAUCCUCAGCUUAUGAAUGCCCAAAAGCCAGCCCAAAACGCCGGACCUAACGGUAAAAAGGGUGGUGCCGGUGGCAAUGGUGUGCCUGCUGGUGGUGGUAACAAUGGAAACGGAGGUAAAAAAGGCGGUCCUGUUGGAGGAUAUAAUAAUGGGGGAAACCCAAAUCAAGGUGGUGGCGGUGGUAGAAACGGAGGUAAAAAUGGACCUCAGGAGGCAAACAAGAACGUUGGUGGUGGUGUAAAUAACGGUGGUCCAAACGGUGGCAAGAAGGGAAAUAAUGGUGUUUCCGAUGGGUUCCCAACCAUGGGUGGCGGCCCAAAUGGUGGAAACAUGGGUGGUCCUCAGAGGGCGGCUGCCAUGAACAUGGCAAUGGGCCAAAUGGGUAACAUCCCAGCGGUUCAAGGCUUACCAGCAACCGCGGCUAUGAACGGCAAUGGCGGAGGCGGCAACGGUGGAUACUUCCAAGGGGCGGGUCCAGAUGUUAUGCCGGGUAAUCCAUACCAUCAACAACAGAUCAUGGCAGCAAUGAUGAACCAGCAACGUGCAGUGGGAGGACCAAGUGAGAGGUUUCAGCCAAUGAUGCACGCUAGGCCACCACCAGCUGUCAAUUACAUGCCACCACCAUACCCAUACCCAUAUCAAUAUCCAUACCCGCAUCCAUACCCACACCCUCAACCCGACCCGUAUACCCACUUCUUUAGUGAUGAGAAUACCUCAAGCUGCAAUGUUAUGUGAAGAAGAUAUUUGGAAUUUAAUUUACCUUUAAAAAAAAAGAGAAAUAUUUGGAUUUAAGUUGAAAAAAAGGAAGUUCCAAGUUUGAUGA